AAAAUAAUAUAAUAUAGUUACCAAUCAUAGAAAUGCAUGCAAAACACAGGGAACGCUUAAUUUUUGCAAAACAAUUAAGAAAUAUAAUUUUUGGUGCCCAGGUGGCACAGCGGGAUAUUCCGCUAGCACACCAGCAUCAAGUUUCUGAACUCCUCUUCAAGGCUCGGUGUUGCCACCGGUCGGCUGGGCACCAUCUGGCGGGCAUAAUUGGCAGUGCAUGCAGCAGAUACUAAUUGGCCACCGUUUCUGCAGGGUGGUGGCCAGACUAUGUGUGGGUGGGUGGGUCUUCAUACGCUGUGUAAGGACCCUCACUGGCGGAAGAGACGCCUGUGCAGAAAGCAGGGGAGAGAAGAGGAGGGCUGGGCACGUGUCGGAAGAGGCGUGUACAGUGAUGUGCUCUCCUCGGAUGCAAUCUGGUAUCUCUCAGCAGCGGAAGAAGGAGAAAAUGCAUUAAAAAAAAGAAAGAAAUAUAAUUUUUUAGCUAAAAACAUUCUGACAAUCUUGUGCCGUGCAGUGAGGGUUCGACUAUUCAGCAGUUUAUCAACCGCUACGAUAAAGUUCAUAUGUUUGUUGUUAACACUGCUGCCAAGCAGUUGUCUCUUAUUUGGUGCUGCAAUGUAAAUGAAUGAGUUAACAAACUGUCAACAAAAUCAUCAAAAUGAUAUGAAUACAGAGUGAGGACUUUUUUGUUUACAAAGGCACACCCACUACAUCAACAUAAAAUAUUUGGUUAAAACAUCCAAAAGUUAGUUGAAUCGAAGAUACAAAAUGAUGUUUGACACUGAACUAAUAGAUCACGUGUAAACUGUAACUACAUGUCCUGUCAUGAAUGUGACCAAAGUGUAAAACAUGACGAUAAAAUCUUAAUUAACUUCCAUAAGCGUGUCUGCCUGGGUUUACUCCGGGUGCUCCGGUUUCCUCCCACAGUCCAAAGACAUGCAAGUGAGGUGAAAUGGAGAUACUAAAUUGUCCAUGACUGUGUUCAAUAUAACCUUGUGAACUGAUGAAUCUUGUGUAAUAAGUGACUACCGUUCCUGUCAUGAAUGUAACCAAAGUGUAAAACAUGAUAGUAAAAUCUUAAUACACUUCCGUAAAAAACAUGACUGUUCCUCUUUCAAAACACUUCUUACUGUGGCCACAGGAGGCGCUACAGUAGCGCCUACACGCCUGAUAUGGCACUGAAGACGUUUUACCGUAAUGUUACGAUAACUUGAGCAGGUAAGUGGGUAUUUAUACUUAAAAGCACGAACAGGUUGGGUUUCUAUACAGUAUAUUACGUUUAAAAUGAACGCUGUGACGGCGUUUGAUCUUAUGUUGUAGCUGUAAAACUAAAACAAGUCCAAAAGAAAGAUUUCAGCGCAGAUAAACAAUAUUUACUCUGCUAUUAAGUUUAAUAGAGUUUAUACUGGUACAGCACGGUGACCGGUUUGACCUUGUUUCGUUCAGUGCUGUCCUUGUUCGAGCUGUAGUGCGAGUGUAAGUGAGGUUAUUGAACGAUGUUUGCGGUGCGUUCAUUCGUUUUCAGACCUGCUGCGUUCCUGCUGAAGCCUCAUAUCAGCGCUCAGGUCAGCGGUGCAGGCUUCGUCCACACAAGCGCAAACUGUAGCGGCGCAAAAGUAGCUGUGGUGCUGUCUGGAUGUGGAGUAUAUGAUGGUACAGAGAUCCAUGAGGCAUCAGCAAUCUUGGUGCAUCUAAGUCGGGGUGAAGCUGAUGUCCAGAUGUACGCUCCUGAUGUUGCACAGAUGCAUGUCAUAGACCAUGGCAAGGGACAGCCUGCGGAAAACGAAUCCAGGAAUGUUUUAGCUGAGUCAGCUCGGAUCGCCAGGGGUAACAUCAAUGAUUUGGCUCAGCUAAGGGUCAGUAACCAUGAUGCAGUCAUCUUUCCAGGAGGCUUUGGAGCUGCUAAAAACCUGUCAACUUUUGCAGUUGAUGGAAAGGACUGCAAGGUGAACGAUGAGGUUAAGCGUGUGUUAAAGGACUUCCACAAAGCAGGAAAGCCUAUUGGGUUGUGCUGUAUCUCUCCAGUGUUGGCAGCUAAGGUGCUCCCUGGUGUGGAGGUGACAGUGGGUCAUGAGGAAGAGGAGGGGGGAAAGUGGCCAUAUGCUGGCACUGCUCAGGCCAUCACUGCACUUGGGGCCAAACACAAAGUUAAAGAUGUCACCGAGACUCAAAUUGAUGCAAAGAAUAAGGUGGUCACUUCUCCUGCAUUCAUGUGUGAUACCCAGCUACAUCUGAUCUUUGAUGGGAUUGGCGCUAUGGUCCGAGACGUCCUGAAGCUCACUGGGAAAUGAGCACUUAUGUUUAACACUUAACUUAGACACAGUCACAUAUUGUACACAUACCUGAGCGUUGUGUUUAAAGGCUCAACAAAAGUACUUUUAUCAUUUAAAUGCUGAAUAUAAAAGCUCUCAUCCCAUGUCAUAAUGUAACUGAUCAUAAGCUUAUUUGAUUAGUUGAUGAAACAGAUUUUCUAUCUUACUGCAGUGGGCCAUGAAUAUUAAAAUAGUCUUUGGCUGUAUUUUUAAGAAUGUCCAGAAGAGGGCAGUAUGUGACAACUGUUCUGUUUUUGAGCUCGUAAAUGUUUGCCAAAACGAAUACAGUACAGCGUUUUUACAUGAGAAACUUUAAAUUAUGUGGUAAUAGCAUAGUAGUGACAGUGCAGUUACAUAAAAUGUAACAAUGUGAAGAUUUCUGCCUAAAUUGUGUAUUUAUUUAUUAUUAUUUUUAUUUUAUUUCCAACAAUUAUCACAUACUAGAACUGAAAGAAGUAAACGGUCAGCAAAUAAAAGUAUUGUAAGUGUAUGUCAGACAUGGUUAAAGAGGAACAGAGUUGCAAGUGCAGGUAUACUUGAAUACUUCACAUGAUUAAGCUGGAAUUAAUAACAGUUUUCAUUAAAAAUAAUAAAUUUGAUUUAUAUAGGAA